AUGGCCGGAGAUGGCGGCGCUCUGAAGGAUAUCCAAAGAUUAAAUUCCCACUUCGACCAGAGGGGAGCUUCUACAAAGCUGCUCACCCUCUCGGACUCGCAGCAGCGGGGCGGACUGCCGCUGGGUCCGUCCGCCGGUAUGCCACGCUGGCCCAGGGCUGGACCCGGUCCUUAUACCCGGUUGGAGGGGUCGGCUGCUGCAGUUGGCCCGGCUGCGCCGGCCGCGGCCGCUGCCGCCUCCUCUUCCUCUAAUGCCGCAGCCAACUCCUCUCCGGCCGGCUUCCUGCCGCCGGUCCGGGUCUCCAUGGUCAAGCUGCAGCCCGAAGACCCGAGCGAGGAGUCGGAGCGGGUGUGCUUCAACAUCGGCAGGGAGCUGUAUUUCUACACGUACACCAACAUCAAGAAGGCUGUAGACCUCAGUAAGCCCAUAGACAAGAGAAUCUACAAGGGGACACAGCCGACGUGUCACGACUUCAACCAGUACUCCGCCACGGCAGAGAGUGUAGCUCUCAUCGUGGGUUUCUCAGCCGGACAGGUCCAGUACCUCGACCCCAUCAAGAAGGAAACCAGUAAACUCUUCAAUGAGGAGAGGUUGAUAGACAAAUCCAAGGUGACUUGUCUGAAAUGGCUUCCCAAGUCAGAGAACUUGUUCCUGGCCUCCCAUGCCAGUGGCCACCUCUACCUCUACAACGUGGACCACCCAUGUGGCACCACGGCCCCACAGUACUCUCUGUUGCGGCAGGGCGAGGGCUUCGCCGUCUACGCCUGCAAAACCAAGACGCCGCGCAACCCAUUGUUACGAUGGGCCGUGGGUGAGGGAGGCCUCAACGAGUUUGCCUUCUCUCCGGAUGGUGUGCAUGUGGCGUGCGUAGGACAGGACGGCUGCCUGCGCGUCUUCCAUUUUGACUCAAUGGAGCUGCAGGGGGUGAUGAAGAGCUACUUCGGUGGGCUGCUGUGUGUGUCAUGGAGCCCCGAUGGGAAAUAUCUCGCUACAGGUGGAGAGGAUGACCUGGUUACGGUAUGGUCAUUUGCAGAAAGCCGUGUGGUUGCAAGAGGUCACGGCCACAAGUCCUGGGUCAAUGUGGUGGCAUUUGACCCCUUCACGACUUCCCUGGAAGACGAUGAACCUAUGGAGCUCAGUGGCAGCGAGGAGGACCUCCACCAGGGUGUGCCAAAUAACUCCAUGCACUUUGGCCGGGUCCGAACAAGUAGCACAUUGUCGCGUCUUUCUCGGCACAGCUCUAAAGGAGGCAGUUCGGCGUCAGUCACAUAUCGGUUUGGCUCAGUGGGGCAGGACACCCAGUUCUGUCUGUGGGACUUGACGGAUGACGUGUUAUACCCACGCCUGCCGCUGUCCCGUGCCUUUACUAACACUUUUGGACCCUCGCUAUCCAACUCUGGCAGUGGUGUGGUCAACAGCACUUCAGGUGGGGGAGGAAGUGGAGGGGUUGAGGGGCACCAUCACCCUCCUAACACUAACACCGGCACCUCCAACCCACCAACGCUCCCCUUACCGCUUCCUCGCUCCCUUUCUCGCUCAAACUCUCUGCCCCACCCCGCUGUGGCAAAUGCCUCCAAGAGCCAGGGUGCCUCAGAGGGCAGUGGGGGAGGUGGAGGAGGGGUAGGGAGCAGCACCGGAGGAAACAGCACCCCUUUCAGCAUCGGUCGCUUUGCCACGCUGUCGCUCCAGGAGCGCAAGUCGGACAAAUCCGGUUGCAGCGGCGGCGUGGAGAAGGAGCACAAGAGGUACCACAGCCUGGGCAACAUCAGCAAAAGCAACGAUAAGAUCAACGUGGCGCCGAGGAGCAACCGGCUGGACGCCGCCAAGGUCCUGGGCACCACGCUGUGCCCACGCAUGCAUGAGGUGCCACUGCUGGAGCCACUGGUGUGCAAGAAGAUUGCACACGAGAGGCUGACGGUCCUGGUGUUCAUGGACGACUGCAUCAUCACAGCCUGCCAAGAAGGACUCAUCUGUACCUGGGCACGGCCGGGGAAGGCGAACUUGACAGCACAGAACGGGAACUCUCCGAGUGGCACAGUGGUAUAGCUGGAGGAGAAGCUUUGCACUCCAUCUCCUCCCUCGUUGUCUUCUCUCUGUCCAGCACCCUCUCCACCGAUCCUCAAACGUCAAAUUAGGGGCCAACAAUCAGAGACCUUCAUACCAUUGCAGUAUUAAACCCUCAGUAUUACUCUCUGUACUUGCCAUGACCCAAACCCUGUUCCUUAAUGAUUUUACUCUCACAACGGCCAGUUAGGUGGGAAACACUUCCAGAGUCGUUGGCACAUGCAGUAUGAAACUACCUUCAACAGAUUUAUGAAGUCUUUAGAUUGCAAAGAUUCAAGCUACCUUAUCAGGUUAGUUUGGCUUAGAGUAGCUGCAGUGGAUCAUAUAUCUGACAUGGCCAAAAGUAUGGGGACACUACUAGUUCCAGUAAAGACUUACUAGUACAGCAAACUGUGAUAUUUUACACACAACAGUGUUCUUCCAGCUUGGCAGUUUGGGGAAGUCUUUCCUGUUUCUACAUGACAGUGCCCCACAAGCCAGGUGCCAAAGCCAGGUCCUUUAAAGAAAUGGUUUUCCAGUUUAAGGUAUAAGAACUUUAUUGACUAAUUAAACGCUUUCCAGACGAGAGGAUGGUCUAUGGUUUUCUGAUAUCAACAAUCACAUAUAGGUUCAGGCGUCCACGUACGUUUGGCCACAUAAUGUAUUUAAAACUCAAACCUCGGUUCUUAUCUCCCCGACAAAGGCAACAGCCAUAAAUAUUUUAGUGUUUUGUUCAAAAUUCAAAUUUCAUGACUCACUCGCUCUUCUUGUUUAUAUAAUUUAGAGCCACAGAUUGUCUGCUUUUCUUCAGUGCUAUUUUUUUGUACAUCAGGUACAAAGAUUAAAUAAGUUUUCUUUCUAGUCAGAAUCAACACAAAAUGACUUGUUCUUUGUAAGGGAUUUAAGGUUGUUUGUUAGCCUUCAUUCACUUUUAAAGUGAGUCUAUAUUCAGUUAAACCCAUAGUUAGGUCACAGUUACCUCUCAAAAAUAUCACGUGUAUGUAACUUUAGAUUUAAAGGGCAACACUUGUUCCUUUACAUUACAUUAGGAAGGAAAUCUGAAAUGCUAAAUGAUCCCUGAUGUUAUUAUGGUGGUCAGCAGUAGGGCAGGGCUGUAGCACUGUGCUUCAGGGAGAGUUUCCCACCUCACGCCGCUGUGGGAAUAAAAAUGUAUUGCCAGUGCUUCGGUCCUCUGCCUUCACCUCACAUGGCCGUGAUUCUCUGCGCAAAGACUGCAUCGAACAAACAGAGAUCGUUUAUCCUUCCUGUCUGCAGCCCUGAAACCACGCGGAGCAAACAGCAGGCCGGACUCCGUCUUCAUUCGUCCUUCAGCCCCUCCUUCGUCUGAUCCCUCUCGGUUCCCCUUCAUGCAAAAGACUCUGCAAAAGCCACGGUCAUUGUAUUUAAGUUUAUUUAUUUUAUCACAAGACUGUGUAGUAAUUUAUAAUGUAAAUACUGAAAAUACUCUAUAAAUACAAAAAGGACAAACGUGUACGGAAAUAAUGACUUGACAGCAAGGAAAUGAAGAAAAAAAACCGGAAAGAUGAAGAAUAUUAAUAUAUGAAGAUCCUUCUAUUGUACAUAGCAACCACGGUUAAAAACUGAAUGUCUGCUGUUUUAGGGAACUUGAAGAUGUCAAUGUGUUUUUAUUUUGUGUGAUAGAGUUUCUCCAGUUUGUCCCUGAAAGCGAGCUGGGUUUAAUCUGUCACCUGAGGCAGAAGCAUUUCGGGUCCAGUGUGACUUUUUAGAGAGACUGACCCGAGUCGAGCACAGAGAGCAAUAUUCGGAGCGGCUGCUGGCUGUACAUUUUCAGCUGACUGUCCCAAGUUAAUAGGUCCGAAUAAUACUAAUUCUCCUCAACAUCACGCACGAACAAACAGCAUCUUUAAUGAAUAACCUGCUCACAUACAAACACACACACUCUUGCACAUUCCGAAAGUUAAACUGCUCACACACACACACACACACACACACAAUCCCCUUAUUAUGGUGUAGCAUCAUAUAAACUGUGUCUUGGACUCCAUUCCUGUUGCACCUGAAUUGCCUCUUGCAAGAAUUUGCACAUACAAUAAAUCCACAGUCCAUCCAUAGCUGCCAUGAGUGACACAAAGGGGGUGUUAUUGUGUUGUUUGAUCUGACCUCUGUGCAGAAACGGCUCCUGUAAUCCCUCCAUUCACUGGUAUGUCUUCAGAGGAAACGAGAUUUGGAUUUAUUUCUUUUUUGAUUCUGCUUAUCGAUUUUUGGUGCUUAUUGAAUCUUUUUGUUCAGAUUUCUGAAUAAGGAGAGAAAAGAGAAUAUGUUGCGAGCAAAAAAACACCUAUAUUUUUCAUUAGAUUUGGGCUUACUGCCAUAAAUCUAUGGCCAUGGGCAUUUUGUGAUGAUUUGCCAUGCACAGGUUGAACAUGCAAAUCAUCUGUUCUACAUUUGUUUUUGCUGGGGUUUGGACGUGCAGACAUUAGAGGCAUUAUAAAUCUGACAGUGGACAUUAAAAACUCUGCAUUCUAACUCUUUUUGGUUUUAAACUUCAUUAUUUAGUCUGACAUUGUGUUCGUGUUGGCUGAUUUCUGUAUGGGAGGGGUUGUUAGUUUGCUCUCUCCACACAGAAGCUGCAGCAACAGUUGUUAGGAGCAGUUUGUAUGAAGCCUGUAUCAAUUUAAGAGCGGUUAGCCAUGCUAGUGGCUAGUGAUGACAACAUCUGUCUGUCUGUUUGUCUGUCAGUUAGUUCAAAACAAAUAAAUCUUGGAUGGACUGCCAUGAAAUUCUAUUACCAGAGGAUGAAUUCAGCUGACUUUGGUCUUCCUCUCACUUUAAAUCCAGCACCAUCAUCAGGUCAGAAUUAUAGUUUGGUCUGUGAUCAAAUAUGUAAAUCUAGUGACAUUCCCAUCAGCCUCAGCUGUACUUUGUGCUAAAGGGCUGGUGUGUAGGAUUCAGUGGCAUCUAGUGAUAUAUAGAGCCAGUUCCUGUAGAAACAUGGUGGUUCAACAAGACACAUUUUUGAGUCCUCCAUGUUGUAAACAUGAUUGGUAUGUGAUGGCAGGUCCAAAUGCUGUUUUCAGGAAUCGAUGAGCAGAAUUGAAAAGGCAUGUUUAAUGAGGAAUAAUUGGUUGUUGUAAAUCUGGAACUGGUUUUAAAUUCAGAACCGGUUCUCUGUACCCUCGCUGAUAAUCUACACACCUGCAUGUGAAACCAUUCCUGUCCACUUCUGCGCCAUCAUCCAGGGAGAAAGGACUGCCGAGGUGUUUCUGAACAGAAUCAGUUGUUUUCCUUUUAACAUGCUUCUUAUUUUGGGCCAUAACAAACUACUGACUCCUGCCUUGUACAUGUGUCACAGCUCGGUGCCAAUUGAAAGCUCACAGUGCAGCAAACCGGCAGUAUUUUUUAUCAGCCUUCGUGUUCUUUCUUUCUUUCUGUCUUUUUUUUGUGGGUUAUAAAGUUACCUGUCUGACAAUACAUCCUAUAAAUAGCAGAGCAACUUCCAGGACUGCAGGAGCCAAGGUUAUGCCCUUGGAGCAGCAGACAAACCACCGGGUCCCUCGCACUGUGUUUGAGCCAGUGCGCGGGUAUUGUUGCAGCCCAUAUCUUUGUCGUCAUAGCAACGGCAUGUCUGCUGAGUGUGUCUUGGAUGAGCUCACGAGCUCUGGGGUCAAUCUCGGCUUUAAGGAUAAAUUAAUGCUUCAUCACGAUGUCUGAGCGGAGAGGAAUAACUAGAUCAGCCGUCUUCGGGUGUUUUAAAGGAAUAUUUCAUGUUAAAAUGAUCCAAACCGAAGAUUAAAAACUUCCACUGGAAUAUUUUAAAUUAUCUCCAAACAGGUUGUGCAGCUUAGACCAAGUGUUUUAUAGUUAAAUGUGUUCACAGGCUUUUACAUUAAAACACAUUCUGAUCACAAGUGGGCAUUGUUGAGUAAAGGUGUGAACCUGAUUUAAUGUCUCCACAUCUGCAGGUACUCAGGGAUGCAAAUGAAUUCCUGACUGCAUUAAAGUCAGUAUAUUAGUGUUCAUGCAGAGUCGAUGUGUAAAGAGAGGACUCUUCAUUAUCGUGUCUCACUUUUUUCUUUCCUUUGUUUAUUCCCUUAUGGGGUUUUUUUUCUGUGGGAUUUGUGUGAAAACACUGAUCGCAGUUCUCUUUCUACCUCUACAAUAAUAAUAAGUAAUAUGUGCGUAUGUGUAUUUCUCUGUUUAGAGGUCCCCGACAGUUAAAAUGAAACUCGAGUGGAGAACUCAAAUCAAACCACACAUGGUCAUUGGAGAUUGUAUUAGAGGCACAUUCUGAUGCAGGUGUCUAAUAUCUGACACCACAGCAUCGUCUGUGUGGUUGUUUGUUUAGCCACAAAAACAUUUGAGAUAUGCUGCACAAGCUGUUUGAGGGGAUUUUAGUCUUCUUUCUGUGGGAUGGAAACAUAAACAACAACAUAAAGUAGAACUAGAAAAUGUUAAGGUGAAAUACAGUAAGAAAACUAAUUAAUUUCUUAUUUGCUUGGUACAUUUUCUAUUAAUUUUAAGUUGUUGUCCCUUUGCUUGUAUGUUUGUUUGUGGAGAACAUCCUCACCUUGACAGGCUGACAAACAAAUGUAACUGUAGCUGAAGGAGGUCAGAAGCAGCGUCGCUCACCUGGCCAAAGGAAACUUAAAGGGAAGAUCUUCAGAGUCUAAUGAAAAAGGUUGAAUUGAAUUAAUUUACAAAACAAAAGAACUUGAACACUCACUAUUAAAGACGCAGCGUGUAAAUCAACCUGUUAUACAAGGAUUUCCAGUUACUUUACUUUGCUUUUUGACAGAAGCAUC